UCUCUCUCUCCCUCUCUCUCUCUCUCUCUCUGAGCAGGAAUGUGGAAGCAUUCUGGAGUCCAGUCAGUCAGCGCGGCACGUUUGUCCACCGCUCAGGAGUAAAUUAUUGAUCUUUGCCUCAGCUGAAUGUAUUGACGAGGAGGAAGUGACUCGCAGAUCAUUUGAUCACUUUUUUGGAUUAACAUCUUUUCGUCUAAGGCGUUUUUUUUCCUCCUCUUUUCUUCCACGGCUGAAGAAAAAAGUUUGCUUUGAGACCAAACACAGCUGGACUCUGCAGAUGGAAAUAAGCACCAAGUGUUCACCGAGCCCACCUUUUUCCGGAGCUCUCUCAGCAUGGACCCGGAGUCUCUGACGAGGUGAAGACUGCUGGUGUUAAAUGCUCACUGCGAGGCUUCCUGCACACAGUGACUGCUCAUAAAAGUGCUGUUGGUUCAGUGACUGUGUGAACCGUUCACAGACUGUUUACCAUGGCGUCCAGCCUGACAUGUACUGGUGUUAUCUGGGCCCUGCUGUCUCUGCUGUGUGCUGCUGCCUCCUGCGUCGGCUUCUUCAUGCCCUACUGGCUGCUGGGGACGCAGAUGGACAAGCCUGUGUCCUUUGGCACCUUCAGGCGCUGCUCCUACCCGGUCAGAGAUGAGGAGAGGCAGGCCACCGUGAUGCUGGAGCAGUGCGGGCGCUAUGCUUCCUUUAACGGCAUCCCCAGUCUGGAGUGGAGAAUCUGCACAGUGGUGACAGGGGUCGGGUGUGGCCUCCUCCUGCUGGUGGCGCUCACAGCUCUCAUGGGCUGCUGCAUCUCUGACCUCAUCUCACGCACAAUCGGGCGUGUGGCUGGAGGCAUCCAGUUCGUUGGAGGUCUCCUCAUAGGAUCCGGCUGUGCGCUCUAUCCUUUGGGAUGGGACAGCGAGGAGGUACAGCAGACCUGCAACAACAGCUCGGACCAGUUUCAACUAGGGUCCUGCCAGAUUGGCUGGGCGUAUUACUGCACCGGAGCCGGGGCGGCGGCUGCCAUGCUGUUGUGCACCUGGCUGUCCUGUUUUGCAGGAAAGAAGCAGAAGCAGUACCCGUACUGAAGGGAGCAUCAGGGAGACGGGGACCGGCAGAGACCCCCAGGUGAAGGAGAGAGGACUCUGACUGUGCGGACUCGAACCAGUACAGCACAUCGGGCACCAAAGACAGCAAGUCAUUCUGGUGCUCUGCACAUCAUGGACACUACUCAUCAGACAACUGCAGGGACUGUUUCAUUAUGCAGCACAAACACAUGGCUUUGAAAACUGGGUCUGCUCUUAAAAAGUUGUUCUUAAAUGAAAAAUGUAUGGACCAAUCCUAUUUGUAAAAAUUGUUACAUGACUAUUUCUUUAACAAGAAGAAUAUUCUCUGUUUGUCUUCCUCUCCUUCAGUCAUAGAUGUUUAUGUGAUAGUGUGCCCUGUGAUGAAGAGAAAAGUAAUAUUGCUUCAUUGUAACGUGAAGUGUUCCUGUCUCCUCUUCAUGUCUCAUCCUUGCCUUAAACACAAACUGAAAUGCAAUAAUCCCUAUAAUGUAAAGCAAUCCCACACUGGCUGCCUGCUUCCUCGACUCAGCCUUUCCAGAUUUCAACAAAUCUAAGCAGAGUUUAUUUAACACAUUCAUAAAAAUAUACGUUGUGUAUGAUAAUGUAUUUUAUCAUAUUAGCACAUGUUUUGUAUUCACUCUUCAAGUUAUUCUUUGUCAUAUUAUUUUGGUUUUGUAAAUAAAUGUUUAUUGAAUUCUG